GUGCAGGCAGGGUUUCCUGCCAGGAAUUGGGCUGCCUGGCCAUGCUCUGGGCGCUCUGGCCCAGGUGGCUGGCAAGCAAGGCGCUGCCCCUCCUGGGUGUGGUGCAGCUACAGAAGCGAGAGAAGAGGGGACCUCAGUGGAGGCAGUGGCGGCGGGAGACCCACCCCUACUAUGACCUCCAGGUGAAGGUGCUGAGAGCCAAAAAUAUCCAGGGCACAGACCUGCGCAACCUUUCCAGUCAUAAGCUAGAGGCUGAGGACCUGUCCAUCCUACCUACAGUGUCCAAAGCUGACUGCUAUGUGCAACUGUGGCUGCCCUCAGCAUCCCCCAGCCCCGCCCGGACCAGGGUGGUGGCCAACUGCAGGGACCCCGAGUGGAACGAGACCUUCCACUACCGGAUCCAUGGUGCCGUGAAGAAUGUCCUGGAGCUCACCCUCUAUGACAAGGACAUCCUGGAGAAUGACCAGCUCUCCCUGCUGCUCUUUGAUCUGAGGAGCCUCAAGCCAGGCCAACCACACAGACACACCUUCCCCCUCAGCCAGCAGGAUUCACACGAGCUGCAGGUGGAAUUUGUUUUGGAGAAGAGCCAGGUGCCCGCGUCUGAAAUCAUCACUAAUGGGGUCCUGGUGGUUCAGCCAUGUUUGAGAAUCCAGGGCACACUCGGGGGCGAUGGGACAGCCCCACGUCUAGAGCACGGCCCUAGGCAGAUUCAGCUGGCAGUGCCUGGAGCCUACGAGAAGCCCCAGCUCUUGCCCUUGCAGCCUCCCAUGGAGACGGGCGUCCCAGCCACGUUUACCUUCCAUGUGAACCCAGUACUCAGCUCCAGGCUGGAGGUGGACCCAGGAGAGAAGCUCAUGGUCCAGGGUGACCCGAGGGCCAAGGAGGAGGCCCAGACCAGCAAGCCUGGCAUCCUGCUCUCCUCUCUGGCCCUAGGCCAGGAGCAGCAGUGUGUCGUGGCCCUGGGGGAGGGCCAGGAGGUGGCCAUGAGUGUGAAGGCAGAGAUGAGCUCUGGGGACCUUGACCUGCGUCUUGGCUUCGACCUCUGUGAUGGGGAGAAGGAGUUUCUGGAGAAGAGGAAGCGGCUCGUGUCCAAGGCCCUUCAGCAAGCUUUGGGGUUGAGCCAGGCUCCCGACAGUAGCCAGGUGCCGGUGGUAGCCGUGCUGGGCUCCGGAGGUGGAACCCGAGCCAUGUCUUCUUUGUAUGGCAGCCUGGCUGGGCUACAGGAGCUCGGCCUCUUGGACACUGUGACCUACCUGAGCGGCGUCUCUGGGUCCACCUGGUGCAUCUCCACACUCUACAAGGACCCAGCCUGGUCCCAGGUGGCCUUGCAGGGCCCUAUUGAGCGUGCCCAGGCUCAAGUGUGCAGCAGUAAGAUGGGGGCAGUGUCCACGGAGCGCCUGCAGUACUACGCCCAGGAACUGGGGAGCCGGGAAAGCAGCGGCCACCGUAGUUCCCUCGUUGAUCUCUGGGGCCUUCUCGUUGAAUAUUUCCUGUACCAGGAGGAAAAUCCUGCCAAGCUGUCUGACCAGAAGGAGGCAGUCAGCCAGGGCCAGAACCCUUACCCCAUCUACAGCAGCGUCAACGUCCGCAGCAACGUCAGUGGGGAGGGCUUUGCAGAGUGGUGCGAGUUCACCCCCCAUGAGGUCGGCUUCCCCAAGUAUGGAGCGUAUGUUCCCACCGAGCUCUUUGGCUCAGACUUCUUCAUGGGGCGACUGCUGCAGCUCCGGCCCGAGUCCCGGAUCUGCUACCUGCAGGGUAUGUGGGGCAGCGCCUUUGCAGCCAGCCUGGAUGAGAUCUUCCUGAAGACCGCUGGCCGGGGCCUCAGCUUCCUAGACUGGUGCAGAGACAGUGUGAAAAUCACAGAUGACUGCCAAGAGCUCCAGCUUCACGAUCCAGCGCGCCUGAGAACCAGGCUCUUCACCCCUCAGGGACCCUUCUAUCAGGUUGUACAGGACAUAUGCACCUCCCGGCUGACCUCAGCUGAGAACUCCAACUUCACCCGGGGCCUCCUCCUGCACAAGGACUAUGUGUCUGGCAGGGAAUUUGUGGCCUGGAAAGAUUUGCAUCCAGACGCCUUCCCCAACGAGCUCACUCCCAUGCGGGACUGUCUAAACUUGGUGGAUGGAGGCUUUGCCAUCAACUCCCCAUUCCCGCUGAGCCUGCAGCCACAGAGAGCUGUGGACCUCAUUCUGUCCUUCGACUAUUCCCUGCAUGCCCCUUUUGAGGUCUUACAGAUGACAGAGAAGUACUGCCUGGACCGAGGCAUCUCCUUCCCCAGGAUUGAGGUGUCCCCGGAGGACAUGAAGGAACCCCACGAGUGCUACCUCUUUGCCAAGGCUGAGGACCCAAGCUCACCCAUCAUACUGCACUUCCCCCUGGUCAACCGUACCUUCCGCACACACCUGGCCCCAGGUGUGGAGCGAAAAACGGCUGAGGAGAAGGCUGGUGGGGACUUUGUCAUCAACGGGCCAGACACUCCCUAUGGCAUGAUGAACUUCACCUACGAGCCCCAAGAGUUUGAGCAGCUGGUGGCCCUGAGUCGAUACAACGUCCUGAACAAUGUGGAGACUGUGCGCAAGGCCCUCCAGCUGGCUCUCGACCGGCGACAGACUGGGGAUAGGACUGGAGGCUGACCCAGGCUGGAGUUGGGGGACUGGGACAGAGGAGGGAUCCUGGGCUCCAGACCAGGGCUGGGUAGGGGGAGGGGCAGCGGACCCUGCAGGGCUUCUGCUUCUCAUCUCUUUGGAACCUGCACUGAGGUCCCCAGGCCCUGGGGAUAUUCCUCCAGGGUGCAGCCUGGACUUUUUGGGGUUCCUUCUCCCCUGUGUUUCCAGAGGAGGUGGUGUGUCUCUGGGGGUGUGUGGACUUGGGUCCCCUUUCCCCUGUUUCUGGGAGGAGGUAGUGUGUUGGGGAAGGGGUAUGUGGCAGACAUGAGCAGUUCUCAUCUGACACUGGAGUGUGUGAAGGGACUCAGGCGACCGUCAUGGCCCAGGGCCCACGCCAAACACAGAAGGACUUCAGAGGGACCAGGUCUUCAGACCCUCAACAGAAGGGGCGCUGUGAGAGCUGAGUGCAGGCUACUGCCCUGAGCUGAUACCAGAAGCAAAGAUGCGUCCAUCCAAUCCACAUUUCCUGCAAACAGCCCCAGCCCUGACCAUCCCUCCACUCCCCACUGCACCUGCAUGCUAAAGGCAUCCAGGAUAAAGGGGGACUACAUCGGUUGCCCAUCUGGGUCACUAACCCCAAGGUCCCGCCUGUUAAUUCCUCUUCACCUCUGGCCUCCCCUGCCUGCCUCAUGGCUCCCCACCCUUCUGUGCUCAGCCUCCUGAAGGCUGUGGGAUGAUCUCCCCUCCUGGCUGGGCUCCAGCUGGAGGUUCCCCAUGCUAAUUACCCAUCUUUGUUCUUUAAACUUGGGUCACAUCCUCUUAUCAGGUGUACUUUUGCUACCUUGAGCAAAUAGCCUCACCAUUCCCAGAAGUUAAAUGAGUAUGUCUAGAGGGCAUAUCCAUUUAUUGGCGCAGAGCAAACAUGAAUGCAUGUGUGUGUGUGUUUCCAGUGGCGCUGGCCUUUGAGCGCCUGUCAGCUGCUAGGGAUGGGCAGGGGUAGAGAGAGCCUAGCUGGGAACUCAGAGCCUGGGUUCCCGCCUUUUUCACAGGUGUGUCCUGCCAUCUGGGCCAUCUACUUCCCUCUUCCUCUGCUUAUCAUUUCUUCUGACCCACAAGGGACCCUCCAAACAUCCGAAGCCUCUCCAGCAUUGGCAGAUUUCCGGUCUGUGGAGAGGAGAUCCGCAAUGACUGGGCUUGGUGUGGGGGUCUUCGGGCCCUCUCCCUCUGGCCAGGGCCUCUGUAGCCUCUUUCUCCUCCCGCUGCCCCACCCAACGCUGAACUGCCUGGGGCCCUUCCAUGGUCCAGCUGCCAUACAGUAAGUCCCCGACACUUGAACCUUCAAGUUGUGAACUUUCAAAGAUAUAAAUGUGCGUUCCAUCAGCAUCAGGCCCUAGUAAAACUGCAGCUUGCCUUCCAUCUCCUAGUGCUGACCAUCCCUCAAGCAUCUCCCACCUCCUUUUCCUCAUCCAGUCAGUAACUCUUUUUGCCUGUUCACUCAAUGCCCACCUCUGUAUGCCAGCUUUUGUCAUGUACUAUUUAAGGUACUGUAUUGUAAGAUUAAAAAGGUUUCCUUUAUUUUUUAUGUUUUUUAUGUAUUAUUUGUGUGAAAAGUAUUAUAAACCUAUUACAGUACAGUACUAUAUAGCCAAUUGUGUUAGAUGGAUAUCUUAGGCUAACUCUGUUGGAUUUAGUGUACAAAUUGGACUUACAAACAUGUUCUCGGAAUGGAACUGGUUUGUACGCUGGGGACUUAGUGUACUCACUGCUCAUUCAACACUCCCCUGCUGCCAGGAGUGCUCACUUUGGGUAUCGCCUCUGCCUAAAUCUGUCUCUCUCUCUUCCCUUCUCUCUCUCUCCCUCAAUCACACAUACAUGCUGUCCAUGGCCCAAGUCACUAUUCCUCUUUUAAUCAGGGAACCUAUGUGACAAAGCCUCAUCUGUCCCGACUCUGGGAAGAAGACCCUAGUUCUGGUUUCCAGCUGGGAGGAAGGUGUCUAGAUCCCAGUGUGUGUCCCUAGCCUGGCCUGGGAUCUGAGCCUCUAGCUGGAUGGGAACCAGGAGGGCUGGGGGAGCUGGGCCUCAAAAGGGCCAGUGUUUUUUGCUGGUGUGGGGUGGGGCAGCUUGAGUCUCUCCUGCCCCCUCCCUAGAGACCAUUGCUUCUCAGAUAGACCAUCUGAUGAGCUGGUGUUUACACAUCUUUUAUGAC